AUGGGCUGGGGUGGACCGCGCUUUGAAUUCUACACGGCAAAUCAGUACAACAACUUCACUGACUUUGUCCGACGGGAGGAUGCCGCGCGUGUGAGAGCGAUUCUUCGACGUAACCAACAGCAGCAGCAACUCGUUGGGAGGCCUGCAGAUUGCCAAGACGGAGUCACAUGGAGAGAGGCAGACGCACAGAGGGAUCCGCAUCUCUGCGAGAUCGCGAAGGGCCAGGCCGGGCAACCGCAAUCACAACCCCUUCUCUCCAAGGAUAACCAUCCAUGCACUCCGGGCAAUCAUGCAAAGGGUAAGGCCGUGCAAAAGGUCGCGCGGGGGGCCCGUCUGCGGCAGCUCGCGCAAGCCAAAAAGUACCCUGAGCCGGCUUUAUGCCGGCACAUGUACGGACGCUGCAUGUAUCAGCGUGGGAAUGUGGUGGAGUUUCCUGUCGGCCGGAACGGGGCGUGCUAUUCACCCGGUGUGGAUCGGGAUCGGAUUGUUCCCAAGCGUCCUCCGAUGGACGUCGUGCGACCGUGGAUUGGCAGCUUCAGCACACACUGGAGCAGUCCUGAGGCGACGUGGGAGCGGGCGCAGGAGGCGUAUUAUGGCAAGCCGGUUUUGCCGCGGACGGUGGCCACUCAGGCCGCAAGGAUGGCUGACCUUCGUGAAAUUGAGGCAGCCCACCCCGAGGAGGCGGGGCAUGACAAAGGGGAGAUUGCCGAUCAGUGUGGCAUAACCACAGCAGACUCCCGAGUACGUGUUGCGCCGAUUAACGGAGAGGCAGAUGUAGAUGAUGUGCCUUCAGUCUUUAGUCAUGCUUCGUCCAAUGGACCCAUCUCAAAUACCGGCGCGAACCACAUAGCUACUUCACCGUUCUCCACAAAGCAGGAGGUGAUGGAGCACCUCAAGACGGUGGGCCAGAGUGACCAAGGGUUACCCGGUGGCUCUGUCUUGAGCUCCACGAAGGGAUGGACUCUUCCGCAGUUGACUUACCGUGUUGUUAUGCUGCAGAAAGAUUGCAUGGAAAAGUGCAAGGAAAGAACGAUUUAG